CGGCAUUGUUUUCCGCUUUGUUGCUUCAUUUUAAAGCACCUGUAUAACCUGGUUUGCUUUGACGGAGAGUGUUGCACCCUUUCGUGGUGUUGGAUAAUACUAAUAAAGCGGCAGGCAGACAUCGUUAUCGUUUUUGGAGAGAGAUAACAAUAAAUUCUAGCUCAAGAGGGUAACAAUGACGACUCCACUCCUGGAAACGGUGCAACAGCAGUUGCAAGAUGAACCCCUCUGGAAAUUGGUCGUUGCGGCGUGCAUGGUGUCGUACGGGUUGCAGUCACUCCUUGCCAUGCUCAUGGCUCCGGCCAAUCGUCCUCCCUUUUACUACGAGUUGCCCUACAUUCCCUGGUUGGGAUCUUUGGUUCAAUUUGCCGUCAAUCCACGCGAACUCAUUCAACGGGGCAUGGUCGCUCACAAAGACAAGAACUGCUUUACCGUUCACUUGUUUGGUACCCCCAUGACCUUUUUGACGGGCAGUGAAGGAUUGGCCCAUUUCUUCAAGGCACGAGAACAUGUAUUUGAUAUUCGAGAAGCCUAUGCCAUGACGAUCAUUACGUUUGGGCCGGGUGUCUGUUAUGAUUGUCCACAAAGCAAAAUGGCACAACAAUUCGCAUUCUUCAAAGAUGGACUCAGCGACAAGAGUUUUAUCAAACACAUGGAACUGGUACAGGAAGAAACUCUUCAAUACUUUGACAAACACUGGGGAAAGUCGGGAGAAGCUGAUAUCUUGCAGACCCUGUCCGAUCUUUACACACUGACAUCCUCGCGAUGUCUAUUAGGAGAUGAAAUUCGAGCACAGUGGAACGAAUCCGGUAUGGCGGAACAUUACAUUGCUUUGGAUCAUUCCUUUGUCCCUAUUUUGUUCUUUUUCCCAUCCAUCCCCAAUCCUCAUCGCUCCAAAUGCGUCACGGCUCGAGAAUUGUUCAAAGAAAUGUUUCAAAAGGUGAUUGACAAACGACGCCAGGCGGAAGCCAAUGACGACAAUUAUCAAAAGCCACAUGAUUUCUUGCAAGUGCUCAUGGAAGCCAAGUACCGGGAUGGAUCAGAGUUGGAAAUGCAAGAGAUUACUGGAAUCAUGAUUGGCGUGUUGCUAGGAGGACAACACACAUCCAAUGUCACGGGAUCGUGGCUCUUGUCGCAUCUGCUCCGGGAACCCAAGUGGUUGCAAGCCGUCAUGGACGAACAACGCAAGCUCUUCCCCGACGACGGUGAGCAUGCCAUUCAUCCUGCGACACUUACGUUUGAUCAAGUCAACAAGGAAAUGCCCGUGAUGGAUCAAGUCUUGUCCGAGACGCUUCGUUUGCAUCCACCCUUCUUCCAACUCAGUCGCAAAGUUUUGGAGGAUUCCAACUUUAACGGCAUUACCAUCCCCAAGGGAAAUAUCGUGAACAUUAGUCCCUCGGCGUCGAUGCGGGAUCCGGCAAUGUGGGACGACCCUCACACAUUCGAUCCAACCCGGUUUGCGCCCGAAAACAAGGAUAAGAUCAAACAGUAUGCGUGGGUGCCCUUUGGAGGAGGCAUGCACCAAUGCGGUGGUCGCAAGUUUGCCUGGAACUCUUUGAAGGUGAGCUUGACAUGGAUCUUGCGCAACUAUGAAAUUGAAAUCAUAGGCAAGGGCGCCAACGAGUUCCCUAAGGAGGAUUACACCACCAUGGUUGUCGCUCCAACCAGCAGCCACACCCGUGUGAGGUUCAAGCGUCGUGAGCAGGUUGAUUCCAUUUAGAAAGGAUUGCCUGGCGUUUUACUUCUUCCUUCCGUGUUGAGGGCUUCAUCAGCUGUAUUGCUUCUAGCGAGCUAGACCACUGGAUACCGUAAGAGUAGUAGUGAGAAUGGCCCUGAUUCUGAUUGAUUCUGUGCGUUUUAGGAUGGAAGUAUUUCUCGUAGAUUCGAUAGGUGAAGAUUCCUCACAAUUUCAAUUUUUGGUUUUCCAAUUCCACACAAUUUCAAUUUCUCCAUCUUUCGAUUUCUCACAAUUUCAAUUUUCCGAUUUCUCACAAUUUCAAUUUCCUGAUUUCUCACAAUUUCAAUUUCCUGAUUUCUCACAAUUUUAACUUUCAAUAUUUCUCACAAUUUCAAUUUUGGUUUUCCGAUUCCACACAAUUUUGACUUUUCCAUUUUCCGAUUUCUCACAAUUU